AUGUCGCAAAUUUUCGUUCUCUUCUUCCCGGGCUCGUAUUGCCUGCUCCCCCUCUACCAGCCCCUUCUCGACGCGGUCACCAAAGCGGGAUGUGAGAUCAAGGGCAUCCAUCCACCGACGGUAGGACCCAGCAGCCGACAAGGCUAUGCGCACACAGCGCCUUCCAUGUACGACGAUGCGGCGGUGCUCGCACGGGAGGUCGAAAGGCUGGCCGAUGAGGGCAAGGACGUGAUCAUCGUCGGCCACUCGUAUGGCGGCGUCCCGAUGACCCAAGCCUCCCAAGGCCUGGGCAAGGAGGAGCGCAAGGUCCAGGGCAAACCUGGCGGCAUCGUUCGGCUGGGCUACAUGAGUGCCAUCAUCCCCGCCCUCGGCCAGUCAGCGCGCGGAGCCAUAAGCGUGGUCCCAGCCGAGCAACAUCCUCCCAUCGACGUCGAUGAACAUGGCUGGAUGCUGAUGGCCGACCCCGCGGCGACCGCCGGCCUCAUCCUCCAACAUCUGCCGCCUGACGAGGGGGCCGCCAUCGUCGGGGACUUUGCCAAGCACUCGGCCCGAAGCUUCCUCGACCCGGUGACCCAGACUGGGUACAGGGACAUUCCCGUGUCGUACUUGCUCUGCGAGGAGGAUCUGGUCGGGCCUCCCGAUCUGCAAAGAUCCUGGAUCGAGAGGGUGGAGCUGGAAAGUGGCCGAAGCGUACAUGUGACGGCGGUGCGGACGGGCCACAUGCCGAACCUGACGGCCGAGAAGGAGACCGUCGACUGGAUCCUCCAGUUGGCAAGAACGGCAGAUGCGUAG